AUGUUCACCAUGCUGGGUCUACCUACUCUUCUCUUACUCCUGGGGGCUGUCAAUGGUGCUAUACCUUCCCGUGCUCACUGGAAGCCAACUUGGCCGACCUACAAGGUCCCGGUCAUCGUGCCACAGUUGACUAUAAAUUUAGACAAGCCACAGUUUGAUGCAGAAGCCAAGCUAGAAGUGGUGUCGCCUUGUGGCCCAUCCUGCCACAAGCGUUCUCCCCUGCCCACCUACGAGGAGGUGAAGGACUAUUUGUCCUAUGAGACUCUGUACUCCAAUGGUUCACGCACAGAGACGGAAGUUGGCAUUUACAUCAUUACCGGCAGCAACAGCGGGUCCCAAAGCCGGUCUCGGACCAAGAGACAGAUCUACGGAUACGACACAAGGUUUAACAUUUUUGGCAAGGACUUCCUGCUGAACUAUCCGUUCUCCACUUCCGUGAAGUUGUCCACAGGCUGCACCGGAACAUUAGUGGCCGAGAAGCACGUCCUGACAGCCGCUCACUGCAUUCAUGAUGGCAAAAGUUAUGUCAAGGGAGCCAAGAAACUAAGGGUGGGGUUCCUGAGGCCCAAACUGAAAGAUGGUAGCAAAGGGGCAAACGUCAGCAGCUCCCCAGAGCCGGAGAGAAUGAAAUUCCAAUGGAUCCGUGUCAAACGGACCCAUGUCCCCAAAGGAUGGCUCAAAGGGAAUGCCAACGACAUUGGCAUGGAUUAUGACUAUGCCCUAUUGGAGCUGAAGAAGCCUCACAAGCGAAAGUUCAUGAAAAUAGGAGUCAGCCCAUCCGCCAGGCAAUUACCUGGCGGAAGGAUCCAUUUCUCCGGCUAUGACAACGACCGGCCGGGGAACCUGGUUUACCGUUUCUGCGAUGUCAGAGACGAGACCUACGAUCUCUUAUAUCAGCAAUGCGAUGCCCAGCCGGGGGCCAGCGGUUCCGGAGUUUAUGUCAGGAUGUGGAAGAGGCAGCACCACAAAUGGGAACGUAAAAUUAUUGGGAUUUUUUCCGGACACCAGUGGGUGGACACCAAUGGGUCCCCCCAGGACUUCAACGUGGCCGUCCGCAUCACCCCCCUCAAAUACGCACAGAUCUGUUACUGGAUCACAGGCAAUUAUCAGGAAUGUAGAGAAGGCUAAAGUCCAUGAACAUUCCAGCACCGUCAUGGCUGGUUAUUUGUGGGGGGGGCAAGGCGGCAGGGGUGGGGGGAGCGGAAGGAGACCCAGACUCUUCUAUAUUGCCAAUCUGUGUGCAUUUCUCUUUUAAAAAUACUUGGAUGCAGGAAUUAACAGGGAUGUCUGCAGUAUUUAUGAAGGUAAUUUGUGUUAACUAAUAAAUACAGCUAGAGAUGUGUAUUUGGCAAAGAGAGGUGGACAAGCCCUAGAUACAGAAGAGUUCUGGAUCUGGGAGAACCAUGUCUUUCCUCCACCACUCGACAAGCUUCUCAGUUCUUUGUCAUGACUGUAGCCUUCUUCCUUUUGCAUAUUUUCUGUCUUACAACAUUUCUGCAUUGACACAAAAUCUACAGGAUUGAAACUGCCUUAAAUGCCUUUAUUAACCUUUUGCCACUUUCCUGGGGUGGACGGUGCUACUUGACCAGCCCUCUGACAUGAUGCACAAUGUUGGUAGAGUCUUCACCGUGGCAAGUGUGGCCAUAUGACAUUCCUCAAUGCCGCAUCCAGAGUUUUUACAAGAGUAUUCAUUCCUACAUUCCCAUUCCGAGCAACGAAACUCACAGGCGGGAUGGGCAGAGCUUGGAAAAGCUGUUUCUUGGGCUACCUUUCUCAGAAUUCUGUAGUCAACAUGGAAUUCUGGAAGCUCUAAUUCAGAAAUGUAGCUUUUCCAAUUUUGGACCUGUUAUGUGUAGCAGUGGGCUUUUUUGUGUGUGGUGCUCUUUGGAGCAUGAAUGUAAGAGAAGAAAAUCCUUCAACUGAUGCUCUAAGAUAGGGGGGGUAACAGUAAACAUACCACUUUCUGAAUGUAUUUAAUAAUGUGAGCUAUAUCAUAAGAAGGCUUCUAUUCUAAAAUAUGUUCCAUUUUAGCAACAGUGUGAGCUGUUUCAAGCGGCUCUUAUAUUUAGAGGUGGACAUGUGCCAAAAUAUGUGCAAAAAGUGUAAUUAACUCCUGAAUUUAGUUUCUUAAGGAUCUCAGGUUAAUAUCAAAUUGAUCAAGUACACUACACAAAAAAAGUACUCAUUUUGUUCAUACGCACAACCUUUUCCUCAGAAAACUGAAACCUCUUCUGCUUUACACCCACAACUGUUUUGUUUUUCAGAUUAUAGUUUAGAUUGCCUUUUUGUCAAUCACAAAUCUACUCCCUCCCCUUAAAUUUGGAGCUGUGCUGAGCACUGAUUGGUCAGUCCUGGGGCUCAUUUUGUAGAGCUAGCCAGAGACAGCACCGGCCCCUCUCAAUCCCAAACGCACCUGACCGAGCCUCAAAACAGCUUUCUAGGGUAAAAAUAGUCUGUAUAAUUUACACCUUUAUUGUACAGUGCAGUUGUUGAGGAGGGAAGUCUGUCUAAUGGGGGAAUGGACCUGAGCCGUCAGCAGGAAAUGAUGUGUGGCUCCCAUUUCCAGAUAGGGUGGAGUGCAAGCUUUAAGAGAAAGUGCCACAAGUACAAUUGCAUAAAAUAUGUGGCUUGUGGCUCCUGAUAUCUCAGAAAUGGGUGGAAUUGCUAGAGGAGAUUUCAGUGAUCAAAGACCAAGGUUUUCCAGCCCCCCUCUUAUAGCUUCUUGUCCUUUCCUACAGUGGGGAGAAUAAAUAUUGCAAAUAAAGAAAGAGGACUAAUCUUUCUGUAAUUUGUACAGUUUGUAAAGUCUGAUUGCUUUUUGUUUUUGGAUGAAAAAUUCUGAAUCCUAUUUAGCCCUUGUCGCCUUGAGUAUGCUUUCUACAUUUAGAUGGGGGUUGCAGAAUGGAAGAAGACAUCAAGAAGGAACACAAAACCUGCACAACUGAAGUUCUAAGAGCAAACCUUUGCUUUCUUCAUUUCUUCCCUCCACCAUUUAUUGAUAAAGAUGUUGCCGUGUCUUAGUGGUAGAGCAUCUGCUUGGCCGUCUAAAUAUUCCAGGCUGAGAUCUUUGUAAAAGAUCUCCGUGAGCUGGUCUUUCAAACACAUUCUGAGGAAGAGAAUGUGCUACUGGGGGCAGAGCUUGGACUUGUUAAUCAGGGGAGGUGAGAACAGAUUCCAGACUCCCAGCCACCAUGAUCCAUGACCAAUCUGCAGGUUAUGGUCAACAAACAAAGAAACAAAAAAA